GGGAGGGCAGCCGGUAACGCAGCCUGAGGAAGGACGGUCGAGCUUGGUUGCACUGGUCCUAGAAGACAGCAGCAAGCAACAGUAGCAGCAAGCAGCAAGCAGCAGUAGUGGUGGUAUAGCAGUAGCUCGCAGCUGCGAGACGACGUGGGUGGUGUGCACCAGGAACGCAGAGAGGAAAGGAGAGGAGGGGAGAGGAAAGGAAAGGAGUGCCGGGUAAGAUAGGCCGGGGGAAGCGCACACGGCUAGAUGUCCUCACUGGCUCAGCGGCAGUGGCGGCAGCGGGCGCAGAGUGCCGUACGCAGCGCCAUGACGGCGGUGCGGGAGGCGCGCAGCCGCUUCCAGGAGCUGAGUGACGCGGGCGACUCCGCGCUCUCCUCCCUGGCCAACACCGGGCUGCAGCUGGCGCACCUGCCCGCCACCCGCCUGCCGCCCGCCCUGGCGACACUGAGACCCGAGCUGCGGGCGGCGGCGGCGGGCAAGCUGGUACGGCAGCUGGUGGGCAUGCUGGGGGAGCUGCAGGAGCGUGUACGGCAGCUGGAGGGGUGCGUGGCGGCGCUGGGGGCGGCAGUGGGCUCGCUGGAGGGUGUGGCGCAGGACGAACCUUGGAUGCGCAGCACCCCUGUGUUUCACACCAUGCCCCUUCCGAAAGUACGGCAACUGCUUACCCAUGUGUACGACAUGCACCGUUUGGAGUACGACAGCAAGGCAGCAGUGGCGGCGGCGUUUGCCGGGUUGUUUGCCGCGCCGAUUGAGGCGGCGGAGGCUGCUGCUGCGGAGGCUCAGGAGGAGUUUGGCGUGGGUGGAGCUGGUAGUGUGGGUAGACGAGCGGAUCCAAGGGGCGUUGCUGCGCUGGCAGUGGUCGGGAAAGGAGGAGCCGGUGGGGGAAAAACCGGCGAUGCGAAACGCCUGUCGGACUUGUGUACGACAUACAUUUCCGUUUGGAUGCUUGCGCCGUACUUGGAAGAUGAGCAAGCGGAGGAGUUUUUGGGUGCCAUUGGGGAAGACAUGGUUUCGUUUUAGCUGAUUGAGGCGUGGAAGGUAAAAGGGUGGAGGGUUGAGGAGAGAUUGGCAGGCUUGCAGGAAGGCGUAGCAGGAUUGCAGGCACAUGCAGCUACAGCAGUCAGGCUCUUGACUCUAGCCCGGCUGCUCCGUGUCUCCUUUUAUUGCUAGCGUUCCGUUUAUCCUCCUGAGGGCAGUAAUUGUAAGGAGGAAAAUGAAGGCAUUACCGGUACCUGACAAAACUUUGCUUCUUAAGACCAAAACCGUACCGGUGCAUCUCAUUUACAGC